CCUCUUCUCCUUCGGGUCUAACAAAGCCGCCUCUAUUACGUUCUUCCUUCCAAAAAAAAAAAGACUCAAAUUCUAAUUCAAUAAUCAAAAGUUUCAAGUAACCCCCUCAAAAGUCCCAAAAAUUGCUCUCUCCGCACCUCUCCCCUUCCCUUUUAUGGGCAAACGCCUGCCCUCCACUGCCAAGAUCGAAGCCUACGCCCGCCUCGCCUCUGAACGAAUCAAACCUUCAAAGCUCCCCAAACCCCAAUCUAAAACCCUAGAAAUCGAUCGAACCAAGCAGAGGUCGAGUUCGAUCCCAAAACCGCCGGCUAGAUCGAUGGAAGACGACGAGCGUCGAGAUGCGCGCGUGCCGCUCGGCGAUGUGGUGUCUGAGUGCGUGAGGAGGUGGUUCCAGGAUACGUUGAAGGAGGCGAGGAAUGGCGAUCAGUCGAUGCAGGUUUUGGUGGGCCAGAUGUAUCAGAGUGGGUAUGGCGUUGCCAAAAAUGAGCAAAAGGCGAAGGCUUGGAUUAGCAAAGCAUCAAAAUAUAGACCCUCAGCAUGGAAAGUCAGUGAAAAGCGUCCAGGCUAUAAUGCAAGCGACUCAGACUCUGAUGAAGUGAAGGAUGACAAGAAUUGAUGGUUCAAUUUUACUGGAGUUUACAAAGAACUAUAGGGCCCUGCUUGGAUUGGUGGCAUGUCAAUGAAAUCCUCUUGUUGAUGUAAAAUUGCAGCAUCAUCUUUCCUUUUUUUCUCUUUUUCGUUCAUCAGAUCCAGCAUAUGUAUCUUCUUGUACACUGAAUUGCCACUUGAAUAUCGUCAUUUGUGUUUUGUCGCUGGAACUGUAUAUGGCUUGUCCAGAUUUUGCUGAGUGACAAAUUUAUCUUUGGAACUGUCAAAGUUUAAUACAGAGAGCCAAACCCAAGAAUUCGGAAUAAAGCUUUUGUUCUUGUU